GAAUGACAUAGUUCCUGCAGGGUGAAAAAGGCAAGAAUAGUCAGAUAGGUGUAGCAUCCAGAAUUGUAUAGAAGUGCAAUUUUUACCCAGGGUAUGAUGGGAGCCAUUGCAGGAUUUUGAGCAGAGGGGUGAUGUGAUUUGAUUUGUGUUUUACCACUAUCACUGUAUUGGGUUGAACAGUGGUCCCUAAAAGAUUUUCAAGUCUUAAUCCCCAGUACCCGUGAAUGAGAACUUAUUUGAAAAUAGAUUCUUUGCAGAUAUGAUCAAGUUAAGGAUCUCAAGAUAAUAUCAGACUGGAUUUAGGAUGGGCCCUAAACUCAAUGACUAUCAUCCUUAUAAGGAGAAAAAUGGCCACAGAAAGACCUAGAGACACAGAGAAGAAGACAAUGUGAAGACAGAAGCAGAGAAUGGAGUGAUCUGUCUACAAGACCAAGGGACACCAAGGAUUGCCUGCAACCACCAGAAGCUAGGAGAGAGUGGCCUCGGAGGUGAGCAGCGAAAGCCCCGAAGGAAACAAAACAGGGAAACAUCUGUAUGGAUUGUUUCAUUACAACCCCACGAUGCUUGGACUUGAAUCGCUUCCAGAUCCCACUGAUACCUGGGAAAUUAUAGAGACCAUAGGUAAAGGCACCUAUGGCAAGGUCUACAAGGUAACUAACAAGAGAGAUGGGAGCCUGGCUGCAGUAAAAAUUUUGGAUCCAAUCAGUGAUAUGGAUGAAGAGAUUGAGGCAGAAUACAACAUUUUGCGGUUUCUUCCUAAUCAUCCCAACGUUGUAAAGUUUUAUGGGAUGUUUUACAAACCGGAUCACUGUGUGGGAGGACAGCUGUGGCUGGUCCUGGAGUUGUGUAAUGGGGGCUCAGUCACCGAGCUUGUCAAAGGUCUACUCAGGUGCGGCCAGCGGUUGGAUGAAGCAAUGAUCUCAUACAUCUUAUAUGGGGCCCUCUUGGGCCUUCAGCAUUUGCACAAUAACCGAAUCAUCCACCGUGACGUCAAGGGGAAUAACAUUCUUCUGACAACAGAAGGAGGAGUUAAGCUCGUUGACUUUGGUGUCUCAGCUCAGCUCACCAGUACACGUCUACGGAGAAACACAUCUGUUGGCACCCCGUUCUGGAUGGCCCCUGAGGUCAUUGCUUGUGAGCAGCAGUAUGACUCUUCCUAUGACGCUCGCUGUGACGUUUGGUCCUUGGGGAUCACAGCUAUUGAACUGGGGGAUGGAGACCCUCCCCUCUUUGACAUGCAUCCUGUGAAAACGCUUUUUAAGAUUCCAAGAAAUCCUCCACCUACUUUACUUCAUCCGGAAAAAUGGUGUGAGGAAUUCAACCACUUUAUUUCACAGUGUCUUAUUAAGGAUUUUGAAAAGCGGCCUUCUGUCACACAUCUCCUCGACCACCCAUUUAUUAAAGAAGCCCACGGGAAGGUUUUAUUUCUGCAAAAACAGCUGGCCAAGGUCCUCCACGACCAGAAGCAUCUAAACCUUGUUGUUAAAACCAGACAUGAAAGAAUGCACACCAGAAGACCCUAUCAUGUGGAAGAUGCUGAAAAAUACUGCCUUGAGGAUGAUUUGGUCAAUUUAGAGGUUCUGGAUGAGGAUACAAUUAUUCAUCAGUUGCAAAAGCGUUAUGUGGACUUGCUGAUUUACACAUAUGUUGGAGACAUCUUAAUUGCCUUAAACCCCUUCCAGAAUCUAAGCAUAUACUCCCCGCAGUUUUCCAGACUUUAUCAUGGGGUGAAACGUGCCUCCAAUCCGCCCCACAUAUUUGCAUCAGCAGAUGCUGCUUACCAGUGUAUGGUUACUUUCAGCAGAGACCAGUGCAUUGUCAUCAGCGGAGAAAGUGGCUCUGGGAAGACGGAAAGCACCCACCUGAUUGUUCAGCAUUUGACUUUCUUGGGGAAGGCCAAUAAUCAGACCCUGAGAGAGAAAAUCCUGCAAGUCAACUCCCUGGUGGAAGCCUUUGGAAAUGCAUGCACUGCCAUCAAUGACAAUUCCAGCCGUUUUGGAAAAUACCUGGAAAUGAUGUUUACACCAACGGGAGCUGUGAUGGGGGCAAGAAUCUCUGAGUAUCUCCUUGAAAAAUCCAGAGUUAUAAAACAGGCAGUGGGAGAGAAAAAUUUUCACAUAUUUUACUAUAUUUAUGCUGGUCUUUAUCACCAGAAGAAACUUACUGAGUUCAGACUUCCUGAGGAAAAGCCUCCUAGGUACAUAGCUGAUGAAACUGGAAGGGUGAUACACGACAUCACUUCCAAGGAAUCUUACAGAAGACAAUUUGAAGCAAUUCAGCAUUGCUUCAGGAUUAUAGGGUUCACUGACAAGGAGGUGCACUCAGUGUACAGAAUUUUGGCUGGGAUUUUGAAUAUUGGAAACAUUGAGUUUGCAGCUAUUUCCUCUCAACAUCAAACUGAUAAAAGUGAGGUGCCCAAUGCUGAAGCUUUGGAAAAUGCUGCCUCCCUUCUCUGCAUCAGCCCCGAAGAACUCCAAGAGGCCCUUAUCUCACACUGUGUGGUCACCCGGGGUGAGACCAUCAUCCGUGCCAACACUGUUGACAGAGCCGCGGAUGUCCGAGAUGCCAUGUCCAAAGCCUUGUAUGCGAGGCUCUUCAGUUGGAUUGUAAAUCGCAUCAAUACACUCCUGCAGCCAGACAAAAGCAUAUGUAGUGCAGAUGAUGGUAUGAAUGUGGGGAUCUUGGAUAUUUUUGGAUUCGAGAACUUUGGGAGAAAUUCAUUUGAGCAGCUCUGCAUAAACAUUGCCAAUGAGCAAAUCCAGUACUAUUUCAACCAGCACGUUUUUGCUCUUGAGCAGGUGGAAUAUCAGAAUGAAGGCAUUGAUGCUACACCUGUGAUGUAUGAGGACAACCGCCCACUCUUGGACAUGUUCCUCCAGAAGCCCCUGGGACUGCUUGCACUUUUGGAUGAGGAAAGUCGAUUUCCCCAAGCAACUGAUCAGACCCUGGUUGAUAAAUUUGAAGAUAAUCUGCGAUGCAAAUACUUCUGGAGGCCCAAAGGAGUGGAGCUGUGCUUUGGCAUCCUGCACUAUGCCGGAAAGGUAUUAUAUGAUGCUUCUGGGGUUCUUGAGAAAAACAGAGAUACUCUACCUGCUGAUGUGGUUGUAGUCCUGAGAACGUCAGAAAACAAGCUUCUUCAGCAGCUCUUCUCAAUUCCUUUGACCAAAACAGGUAACUUGGCCCAGACAAGAGCCAGGAUAACAGCAGCCUCAAGAUCUUUGCCUCCUCAUUUCAGUGCUGGAAGAGCCAAGGUGGACACUCUGGAGGUGAUACGGCAUCCAGAAGAAACCACCAACAUGAAGAGGCAGACCAUGGCUUCUUAUUUCCGGUAUUCUCUGAUGGAUCUGCUCUCUAAAAUGGUGGUCGGACAGCCCCACUUUGUGCGCUGCAUUAAACCCAAUGAUGACCGAGAGGCCCUGAAGUUCUCCCGAGAGAGUGUGCUGGCCCAGCUCCGCUCCACAGGGAUCCUGGAGACAGUCAGCAUCCGCAGGCAGGGGUAUUCCCACCGCAUCCUCUUUGAAGAGUUUGUGAAAAGAUAUUAUUACUUGGCAUUCAAAGCACAUGAAACACCUGUUGCUAGCAAAGAGAGCUGUGUUGCUAUCUUGGAAAAGUCCAGAUUAGAUCACUGGGUGCUGGGAAAAACAAAGGUUUUUCUCAAAUAUUACCAUGUUGAGCAGUUGAAUUUGCUGCUACGAGAAGUCAUAGGCAGAGUGGUGGUGCUGCAGGCAUAUGCCAAGGGGUGGCUUGGAGCCAGGAGAUACAGAAGAGUCAGAGAGAAAAGAGAGAAGGGGGCCAUUGCCAUCCAGUCAGCCUGGAGAGGAUAUGAUGCUCGGAGGAAAUUUAAGAAAAUAAGCAACAGAAGGAGUGAGUCUGCGGUUCCUAUUCAAGCAGAGCACCCUUCAGGCCAAAGCAGUGAUCUGCAGCCUGCUGUUGCAGGGGACACCAAGGAAAGUGCCCACGUUCAAGACUGUAGUGAGCUUGGUGACCACACAGUUCUAAGGGGCUCUAUAGAUCAUAAAGUCAUCCCACAAACAGAAUUCAACAAUGGCCAUGAAGACACUUCAAGCAACCCUCCUGCUAUCACUGAGAAAAAUUGGCAUCCACAAGCCCAGUGUUCUCCAGAAGGGUAUGAUGUCUUUGCAGGACAUCCAAAUAAGCACUCCGUUUCUGGGACUGAUUUGCUGUCUUCUCGGACAUGCCAUGCUGCCCCAGGUCGCCCAGCACUGAGUCCUUCCAGGGGAGCCCCUGCAAAACCUGUUUCAGAAAAUGGUCUUGUACAGAAGCAGCGAACACCUCGCCGAAGAUGUCAGCAGCCCAAAAUGUUGAGUAGCCCUGAGGACACCAUGUACUAUAACCAGUUAAAUGGAACUCUAGAAUAUCAAGGGAGCAAAAGGAAGCCAAGAAAACUUGGCCAAAUCAAAGUGCUUGAUGGGGAAGAUGAGUAUUAUAAAUCUUUGUCACCUGUGGACUCCAUUCCUGAGGAAGACAACCCAACCUGCCCUUUCUUUUAUUCCUCAUCCUCAAAAGGAGCAUCUUCUGCUCAGCACUGAGCUGUACUUCCUGCGCCCCCCCCCCCCCCAAGUCUGCGGAGGGUAAGAACAAUCAUGGUAGUUGACUGAUUGUCAUUUCAUAAGAAAGCACUGCAACGGGUCAGCUUCUUUGGACACAUGGUGCAUGUCUGAGCCUUACUGAACAAUUUUCAUAUUCCCAACCAUUUUCUCAUACCUCCAUUGCCCUCCUCACAUCUGCAGUGCAGCCUGAGUGGGGCAAUUUUUCGUAGCUGUGGGACACUGAGCACAUCUUCACUAUAGCAGUAACCGUCAUUCAUGGGAGUAAUGAAGACCUCAACGUCUAGGGGUGUAACAGACAACCUUGCCAUUAGCCAAUCAUGAAUACUGACACUUAUUUUUCCUGCUGUGUCCAUCCAUGCAAAAUCUGCCCCUGUGAAAAUCCAGGACUCUGUUUCUACCUCACCUCUCCCUGGCAUCCACCUCCUUCCUGAGAGACCCUCCAGGCAUCUCUCCAGAGUCAGGGUUCCACUGCUGAGUGCCCCCAUCCUAAAGGAGUGCACGCAAGGUCUCCUAGGUCAGGAUAAUUUUUUGUGUUUAGGGGGCAAGCCUAAGUCUUUCUAUAAGGCAGAUGGACCCCUCUCUUGCUAAUUAUUAUGCUGAUAAAGCUUUUGCUUCUUUACUCCCAUCACCUUAGCAGUAAAUAGAAAGGAGUUAGAGGGACAGAAAAUUUGGACCUGCCAUAGUCCACGUCCUGUGGUUUAGUAACUUCCCAGUCUCUGGUUGGCCGCCUCCACUAGGCUGUGAGUGAUUAUAGAGGAAGGAUCUUGUCUUGUCUAUCUUUGUGGGCACAGAGCCUAGGGUAGUGCCUGGCACAGAGUGGACAUCCAGUAAUGCACUUAAAUGAAUGGAGGGACUUCACUUAGUUAUACUAGCGUAUCUGACAAGAAAAUUUCAAUUCUGUUGUUACACAUGAUUGAUCACUUUUCUUAUACCAUAAACUCUGAUUUUUUUCACUCCAGUUUGGGCUAGUCCUAUUAUAAUAAUGUUAUACCAUAUAUUAUAAUACUCAAUAUGAUUCAAUACAGCAAACAGCUUUGGAGCAACUCCUCUAUGCAAAACGAUGUGUAAGAUUGCUGUGUGAGGUAAAAAAAAAACAAAAAAAACAAAAAAAAAAACCCUACAAGACCUUUUCUCUAGAACAGAUGUUCUCAGCAUUUUUUUUUUUACUUUAAAAUACUUGGCAGAUAGUACAAUGGGCGUUCCCAGAUUUUUAGAAAAAUUAACUGGAGGAAAUAGAGAAAAAUCGUUUUCAGAGUGAUAAAGGGGAGAAUUUUAAUACCCACAUUUUACAGAGAUAAAAUAAUGAAAGGAGGCAUUUAAAGAUCUCAGAAAUUUUUUUUAUGAGGAAAAAAUAUAGGAAAAGUUAAAUAGUUAAACUUUACUUUUUAAAAAAAAAAAAUGAGCCUUGAUUUUUUUUCUCAGAUGUUCACCCCAAAGAAAUGUUUAUAAGGUAUGCAGACAGAGCAGAAGAAACACAAGUGAACUUUGUUGUUUAAAAAAUAUCUAGAAUAUGGGGCUCCUGGGUGGCUGAGUCAGUUAAGUAUCUGACUUUGGCUCAGGACAUGAUCUCGU